UGAUAUUCCCAUUCAAGUCAACAUUUUCAAAUGUGUGGAUCUCCAACCAUCUUUGUGCUACCUUAUUAAAUUAGAAAUGUCAAAUGUAUUGACAUUUUUGUACAUUUAUCAGCUAAAACACCCACCCUGUAUUCAAGAGCAUGCUGUGUCUCAACCGAUGGUGGGCACAAUACAAACACCUUAGAUUAUGUCAAAUUGGGUCUCGGUGUCACUCUGCUACUGUGGAAUUGCACUCACACAUACCUGUCUUUCAACAUACUAUGUAUCAGAUGUCAGGACACUCUAGGCCUCAACUCGUGACAAUCCAACCUUGAAAUCCUGAACAUUAGCAAAGCUUAUUAUUAUAACUAACCGCCAAAGGUUUCCCCAUUCAUCUGUGACAUUACUCUCUGUAGGAAACAUGACAAUGUAACAGAUGUCUCACCAUUCUCAUUGUUCAAUUGAAAGUUGUAUCAGCUUCAUAUCCACCAACGUCUGUAAUGAUGCAUGUUUACGUAAUUCAGAAUGACUAUACAAUCUUGAUACUCAGAAGCAUAAUUUGCUCUUUAGCCACCAUGCUUUUAGCCAUUGGGGCUAUCCAAUUUUUCUUAGCCUCUGGUGCUAUUAGCCUUUGCAUUUUCACAUAACUAUCUGUACUCCAAAAAGCUCUGUAUUAAAACUUUUACUUCGACCAGAUCCUGGGAGUCAAGUCUAGUUUUUACCUUUACAAAGUCAACUUGCUACUGCAAAUUACCGUCUACAGUGUGUUGUAAAGAAGUGGGAUUCAUUCAACUCCACAAUAGAGCAGGCGUGGUGGUGAGCGUAGAAGGCUACCAUCCCAGCAGCACCAUGAGUCUGGAUGAGGAUGCACGGUGGCUGGAGUGGGUGACCAAGCAGUUUGAGAGCAUCGCGGGAGAUGACAAAGAAAUUGACCUGGAGGAGUUCAAAACGGCCCUCAAGGUCAAGGAGUCUUUCUUUGCGGAGCGGUUCUUUGCACUGUUUGACUCUGACGGUAGCAAAACCAUCAGUCUGGACGAGCUGCUGAAGGCUCUGGAUCUGCUGAUCCAUGGCAGCGAGACGGACAAGCUCCGCUUCCUCUUCCAGGUCUAUGACGUCGAUGGCAGUGGCUCGAUUGACCCAGACGAGCUGCGCACAGUGCUCAAGUCCUGCCUGCGCGAGAGCGCCAUCUCCCUGCCAGAGGAGAAGCUGGACGACCUGACCCUGGCUCUGUUCGAGUCGGCUGACAAGGACAACAGCGGCUCCAUCACCUUCGAGGAGCUCAAGGCCGAGCUGGAGAACUUCCCUGAGGUUAUGGAGAAUCUCACCAUCAGCGCUGCCAACUGGCUGAAACCUCCCGGCCUGGAGCAGAAGAAGGGGCGGCAUACCCCGCGCUACCUUACGCCGGCGUACUGGCACAACAACAGCCGAAAGCUCCUCUUUCUGUGCGCCUACACUUGCCUCAACCUGCUGCUGUUCAUCACCGCCAUGCUGAAGAACGCAGAGGGGGGAUUCUGGUACAUGGUGGCCAAGGGCUGCGGCCAGUGCCUCAACUUCAACUGUACCUUUGUCAUGGUGCUAAUGCUGCGGCGCUGUUUGACCUGGCUGCGGGCCACUUGGGUGGUGAGGGUGCUGCCUCUGGACCAGAACAUCCUGCUGCAUCAGAUGGUGGGCUACGCCAUUGUCACCUUCUCCACCAUGCACACCACUGCCCACUUCAUGAACUUUGUACACCUAUCUCAGAACAGCAGCUACAGCCUGUGGGAGCACCUUUUCACUACUAGGCCAGGGAUUGGCUGGGUGCAGGGCUCUGCAUCCCUUACCGGCAUGGUGCUACAGAUCAUGAUCUGUCUAAUGGUGGUCUGUUCCAGCACCUUUGUCCGCCGCAGCGGACAUUUUGAGGUGUUCUACUGGUCCCACCUGUCCUAUGUGUGGGUGUGGGCUCUGCUGGUGGUGCACUGUGCCAACUUCUGGAAGUGGUUUGUGGUGCCUGGUGUGAUCUUCCUGCUGGAGAAACUAGUGGGCGUCGCUGUUUCUCACAUGGGAGGCCUCUACAUCGUGGAGGUCAACCUGCUGCCGUCUAAGGUGACCCAUCUGGUAAUCAAGCGGCCCCAGUUUUUCCACUUCAAACCAGGGGAUUAUGUUUACAUCAACAUUCCAGACAUCGCUAAGUAUGAGUGGCAUCCUUUCACCAUCAGCAGUGCUCCAGAGCAGCCAGAUACUCUGUGGUUGCAUAUCCGCUCCAUGGGCCAGUGGACCAAUCGUCUGUAUGAGUACUUCAGGCAGCCAGACAGCCAGGUGGUCAGCACCAAGAGACUGAGCGCCAGCCUGAAGGACAGACGGCACCAGAGGAGCGCCCAGGAGGAGCUGUUUAAAUGUGCGAACUGCAACGGGACGUUGGCCUCCAAUAAGGACGAUGCCAUCGAGCUGACCCUGUAUCGACAAAACGGGUGUAGACCAGGGCCAGGACCAUGCCCAGGACCAGGGCCACAGGGGCCCAACCCAGACCAGCAGAACCAAGCAGAGAGAGGAGAAGGCCCCCCGCUCAGAGAGAUCACAGCCAAGCUUAGUGAAAACCACAGGUUCUGCAACGUCAAAUGCUUCGUGGAUGGGCCAUAUGGGACUCCGACGAGACAGAUCUUUGCCUCUGAACACGCUGUGUUAAUCGGUGCUGGUAUUGGGAUCACGCCUUUUGCCUCCAUCUUACAGAGCAUCAUGUACCACUAUCGCAUGAGGAAACAGAACUGCCCCAACUGCAGCUACUCGUGGUGUGAGAACAUUAAGGACAGUGAGAUGAAACUGAGGAAGGUUGACUUUAUCUGGAUCAACAGAGACCAGAAAUCAUUUGAGUGGUUCGUGAGCCUCCUGACCAAACUGGAGAUGGAUCAGGCUGACGAAGAGCCAGAGGGCCGCUUCUUGGAGAUGCACAUGUACAUGACCUCUGCCCUCAGCAAGAAUGACAUGAAGGCCAUCGGCCUGCAGAUGGCGCUAGACCUCCUGGCCAAGAAGGAAAAGAGGGAUUCCAUCACUGGCCUUCGCACCCGCACACAGCCAGGGAGGCCAGAGUGGGGGAAGGUGUUCCAGAAAGUGGCAGAGGAGAAGAAAGGGAAGGUUCAUGUGUUCUACUGUGGAGCCCCUGCACUGGCUAAACUCAUCAAGGCCCAAUGUGAGCACUUUGGAUUCAACUUCUACAAGGAGAACUUUUGAGGACUGUCCAACAUUUUUCCUGACUGACAUCAGCAACCUCAACUAAAUCCACACACCUAUGUGCUGAUCUAUGUCAACAGUUUCUGUACCAUACACGCUGGUUGUCCACAAGCACUAUCUCGUGCUGAAUCCGCACUAUGCCUUUACCCACCCAAGUGUGUGAAACCGACAUCAGUAUGCUGCUAACAGCUUCGCUUCCUCCACUGUCCCUGUCCCCUUCCUGGGCUCGAACCAGUGGUCCUCUGAAUUCAAACACUCCGCCCUCCUUGAAAACAUACCAACUAGUUGUGCAAUAAUAAGGAUCCGAUUCGAUAGGACCAUUGGCGUGACUGCCCUUAAUGCAUUCCUUGGUCAAAAAGUAUAAUGUGGUCCUUUAUACUGUAUAUUCUAUCACAUUUAGUAUUCAAAUGGAUCUACCUUGCUUUAAACCAAAACAUAUUCCAAAGCACAAAUACUAAUGGCAGACAUUGUGACAGAGAAUGAAAUUAUGUUCACACCAUAUGUAACAGUGUAGGUUCCGUCCCUCUCUUCGCCCCAACCCGGGCUCGAACCAGGGACCCUUGCACACAUCAACAACUGACACCCCACGAAGCAUCGUUACCCAUCGCGCCACAAAAGCCGCGGCCCUUGCAACGCAAGGGGAAACCCUACUUCAAGUCUCAGAGCGAGUGACGACACUGAUUAUAACGCUAUUAGCGCGCACCACCGCUAACUAACUAGCCAUUUCACAUCGGUUACACAUACACAAUUAAUAGUUUAUGUACCCCUUAACUAUGUGUUGUUGCCAAUGGAUCUGAUGUCUUUUUAUUUUAUUUAACUAGACAAGUCAGUUAAGAACAAAUUCUUAUUUACAAUGACGGCCUACCCCAGAGAAAGCUGGGCCAAUUGCGCGUCGCCCAAACCAUGGCCAGUUGUGAUACAGCCUGGAAUUGAACCAGGGUCUGUAGUGACACCUCUAGCACUGAGAUGCAGUGCCUUAGACCACUACACCACUCGGGAGCAGUGCCUGUAUUAGAUGUAUUGUAGUAGAUAUAUUUGAAGUUUCUGCUUAAAUCUUCAUGGAAGGUUGUUAAGAUACAAAAUACAGCAUAAUAUGCACCUUGGUGGAAGGGUUAAAUGGGUAACCCUAAGUAAUGUAGUGUUUGUUCUGCAUCCUGGGUAAGACCAGAAGAUGUCCAUUAUUAUAGGAAAUAUAGAACAUAUCAAACUUACGUUACAAUUUUAUAAAACUUAUAGCUAUUCAGUGUUAUGUAACUAAAGUGCCUUCAGAAAGUAUUCACACCCCUUGACCUUUUCCACGUUUUCUUUUGUUACAGCCUGAAUUUAAAAUAGAUACAAUUGAGAUUUUUUUUGUCACUGCCCUACACAAAUGUAUUAAAAAUGA